UGUAUGGAUCUAUAUGAGAUUACACGCGCGCUAGCUGCUUUGUGUGUUUUGUAGCUCAUGCUAGUUACCAAACCUUAGCGCGUGCCGUUAGCUGUGUGUUGUACGCUUGCCAGCCGUGGUUAGAACAAUUUGCACAGCCUGAAAAUUUAGAACUACGAAGAGUUGGCGUAAUGGCAUCGAUAGCUGCGGCGCAUGAGCCAGGCAUAAGCCCGGGCUCCGUGGCGCUGGCUGACGCGCUGCUUCCCGCGAGCAUAUUUGCACCAGACCGAGGAGGAUGCGGGGAAGAGGCCGGGGACGAGUGCUUCGAGGAGGGGGACGUCAUCAACGGCGAGCCCGAGGUCCGCGGGAUUGACUGUUGUAACAAGCUGGCACUUGUUAGCCCAAACGGAGAGCAGUAUGACUCGUUACUCCGGCAGCUUCGGGACAGGAUGGAAGAGGGCUCUGGAGAGACCAUCUAUGUGGUUGGAAUGGGUUCUGAUGGUGGUGACUGGGGUCUGGAUGAGAAAGAUAUGGAGGCUUCAAUAGCCACAGUGCGCUCCAUGUGUGAGCAGCUGGACACUGACCUCAUUCCACUGAGAGAGCGUAGCGAGGCCGCCGGGUUGGUGCGUGACUUUCUGAUCCGGAGGCGAGUGGGUGAGCUCGACUUCCUGGAGGUCAGGGUUGCAGUGGUGGGGAAUGUGGAUGCUGGUAAGAGCACUCUGCUGGGAGUGUUGACACAUGGUGAGCUAGACAAUGGCAGAGGUUUUGCCCGGCAGAAACUUUUCAGACACAAACAUGAGAUGGAGAGCGGCAGGACCAGCAGUGUGGGCAACGACAUCCUGGGGUUUGAUCAGGAGGGACAGGUAGUGAACAAACCCGACAGCCACGGAGGCAGUCUGGACUGGACCAAAAUCUGUGAGAAGUCGUCCAAAGUCAUUACCUUCAUCGACUUGGCCGGCCACGAGAAAUACCUCAAGACCACCGUGUUUGGGAUGACGGGACAUCUUCCAGACUUCUGCAUGCUCAUGGUGGGCAGUAACGCAGGUAUCGUGGGGAUGACCAAGGAGCACCUGGGCUUGGCUCUAGCUCUGAAUGUGCCCGUUUUUGUAGUGGUGACCAAGAUAGACAUGUGUCCAGCCAACAUUUUACAAGAGACAUUGAAGUUGCUCCAAAGGUUACUGAAGUCUCCAGGCUGUAGAAAGAUUCCUGUCUUGGUACAGAACAAGGAUGAUGUCAUAGUAGCAGCUUCCAACUUCAGCUCAGAGAGAAUGUGUCCCAUUUUUCAGAUCUCUAAUGUGACAGGGGAGAACAUGGACCUGCUAAAAAUGUUUCUCAACCUGCUUUCCUCCCGGACAUCCUACAGGGACGAUCAGCCUGCCGAGUUUCAGAUAGACGAUACCUACUCUGUACCGGGAGUGGGAACUGUAGUGUCAGGAACUACUUUACGUGGACUCAUUCGUCUGAAUGACACCAUGCUGCUGGGGCCAGAUCCUCUCGGUAGCUUCAUCCCCAUUGCUGUUAAAUCAAUUCAUCGCAAAAGAAUGCCCGUUAAGGAGGUUCGCGGAGGCCAGACUGCCUCGUUCGCUCUCAAAAAGAUAAAGCGGUCCACCAUAAGGAAAGGCAUGGUGAUGGUGUCUCCAAAGUUAAACCCUCAGGCAACUUGGGAGUUUGAGGCUGAAAUCUUGGUACUGCAUCAUCCCACUACGAUAUCCCCCAGAUAUCAGGCCAUGGUCCACUGUGGCAGUAUAAGACAGACAGCCACCAUCUUGUCAAUGAACAGAGACUGCUUACGGACAGGGGACAAAGCUACAGUCCACUUCCGCUUCAUCAAAACCCCCGAGUACCUGCACUGUGACCAGAGACUGGUGUUCAGGGAGGGCCGCACCAAAGCUGUAGGGACCAUCACCAAGCUGCUGCACUCCACCAAUAAUUUGCCGUCCAACUCCAAACCCCCACAAAUCAAAAUGCAGUCCACAAAAAAGACGCCGCUGCGAAAAGAGGACAGCGCCAUGGCAACCAGUGACGACGCAGCAACGAUAGCACAGCCAGCAGGCCCCAACGCACCACAACUGGGAGAGGGAGAUGAUGACCCUCAAUUAAAGGAGGGCAACAAAGAAAACAAGCCAAAGUCUGGAGGUGGUGGAAGAAGAAGAGGGGGCCAGAGGCACAAAGCAAAAGGUCAAAACGGCACCACCACCACAAUAGCACCUUCCACAACAGGAACAGGAAACAGUUGAAUUAACCACCAUCGUCAUCAUGCAAACCUCGCUCGCUUUCAUUCCACAAACAAUAAAAAAAAACAUGGAAGAUGGAGGAGUUUGGAGCAAGAAAGUCCCAUUUGUUAUUCCUUGCCUUUUUACACAAGUGUAUUUUAUUUUCUUUUUAAAGGGAAACACUUCAAACAAAAAGCAGAGUUUAUGCAUUUUAAAGUCAGCUGCCUGUGGAAUGGUUGUAAUAGUUUGAGUGUGGUGUGGUUUUAAAAGCCUCACUCAGCGUCAAGUUAUUUCACUGAAAGAUCGAUGCGAGCAGCUAAAAUCUAAAUUUCUCUAAGCAUUCCCGGUGACCUUUAAACAAUAUUUAUAUUGUAAAGUAGAUGUGUUAAUUGGAAGGAUGACAUGAUCCAAAAUGUAUGCAAAUCAGAAACGAAUGUAGCAAAAGGACUCCAGAUGGAAAUUUUAAGCUAUGGCAUUAUUUUUCCCAGUUAUUUAACACAUUUACUCUUGGAUGGUUGAAAUCGUUCUCACUGUGCUCUUAGACUCAGUAGUAUCCAUCAUGCCUCGUCAGUCCGUGUACAAACCUUGCACCAGUAGCGUUCAUACAAAUAACAGCACACAACUCGUCACUGAAGCAGUUAAUAUAUUGCAGUUCUUGUAAUUCUAGUACUCCAUUUGUUAUGGCCUGUUGGUGUUUCUAUGUAGUGUUUUAAAACAUUUUGCU